CUUCUUUAACUGUGCAGAGACGCGGCGCCGAGACAAUUCAGCCACCACAAGAUUCAUCUCCGUCCCUCACCAUGACUCAGGCUGAUCACGAUCAACGAUCCAACAAUGUCUGGCCUGAGUUCUGUAAAGCAGCCUGGCCCAACCCAGAAAAAACAAAUGAAGAUGCUUAGAAGAAACUGAAAGUAGCUAAAGGAGGCGGAGUCAGACGGACAGAGGCAGAAGAGGCUCACUGCAGUACAGAAGUCAGUCCAGUCUUUCAAUCAGAGCAACCAGAGACCACGAUGCAUUGCCUUAGAGAAGAGGAUGCUCUUAUCCCGUCACCUCGUGGAAGUUUGCCAAAAGUUUGCAGUGCAUUGGUGGCUACCAUGGCAACCGGGGGAAUCCUGCUUCUGUCUCCUGGUAGGCUAAUUCACCUGGUAGCUUUAGCAACACUCAUAGUGACUCUUGGGGCCUUGCUCCAUGGACUCUAUCUGCUGGUUGAGGAGCUGCUGCACCAUUCAAACACCAGGUACCGAGGUCGGUCGCUGCUCGGCCACGUCCUGCCAGCUUGUGGAUUGGGGCCCAAGACUCUGCUGGCGGCAGCAAUGGCCGCCCUCCUGCUGUACCUCACCAGGCACGCUCUGAUGCACAAAGACCAAAGCUGGGAGCUCGUUGUUCUGGUUCCUGUGCUUUAUGCACUCUUCAAAUGCCUGGGAGUCCUGGGUCCGUCGGAGGUGGAGGUGUCGGACCUCUGUGAGGAGAGGAAGAUGAACGUGGCGCACGGCCUGGCCUGGUCCUUCUACCUCGGUUACCUGCAGCUGGUUCUCCCAAGUUUGAAGAAGUCCAUCGAUUCAUUUUGCGGCUCUCAUCGUGACAGCUUCUGGGCUCGCGGCUGCCAGAAGCUCCUCAUCCUCAUUCCACUUAACGCCAACAUAUCGCACAAGCUGGAGGACGAAGACGGCAACAUCCAGUUCUACGACAGCCUCCCGAACAGCGAGCUGGACAGGGCCGGGGUCCGGGGCCGCGUCUACAAGCACAGCGUCUACAGAGUGAAGGACCAGCGUGGGAAGGCCCAUGACUGCGCUGUGGAGUAUGCGACCCCUCUGCUGACUCUGUACCGCAUGUCCCAGGAGAGAAGUGCAGGUUUUGGGGAGUCUGAGCGCAGGCAGCAGGUGCUUCUCUUCUACCGGACCCUGAGGGACAUCCUGGACCAGUCUCUGGAGUGCCGCAACCGCUACAGACUCAUCCUGAUCAAAGAUGAGCACGAGGAUGACCCUAACUUCCUGUCCAAAACUAUCCUGAGGCACCUGGAGCAGCAGAGCAAAGAGGAGGUCUGUCUGAACGGAGCGCCGCAGCAGGAGACCAACAAACCCGUGGAGGUGGAGGACUGGCACAACUCUGAACCAAUGAGCCGAGAGCCCACGCUGAUGAUCAGCCUGGACAGGCCUCAGCCUCUCAGAGGGCCCGUCGAGGACACAGACAGCUUCAGAGCAACUUAAAACUGAAGUUCAGGGGCAUGCUGCGGUGGCGUAGGGGAUAGCGCGACACACAUUUGGAGGCCUUCAGUCCUCGACGCGGCCGUCGCAGGUUCGAUUCCCGGACCCGGCGACAUUUGCCGCAUGUCUUCCCCCCUCUCCUUCCCCCUUUCCUGUCAGCCUACUGUCAUAUAAGGGACACUAGAGCCCACAAAAAGACCCCCUGGUGGGGAGAAAAUAAAUAAAUAAAAAAAAUAAAAAAACUGAAGCUCAGGGACAGAGGAACACACACAGCACUCCACUGCCCUUCCCCACAGACUAGUUCCUGGAUUUCGGUCAACACUCAUUGGAGAGCUUAAAGCAGUCUGACUUGUCAUUCUUGUGCUGCUGUUGCAUGAAUUUCCUGCUUAUGAAAUUCAUAAUCUGGACCUUAAAACAAAUGCAGACUUUGAAUCGGCGACGCUGUUUACUGCGUCUUUCUUUAUUUCCCCCCCAAAAUGUGUUAAAUCAAUUAAAGCAAGCCCACAGCAUCAUGGACCCUCCUCUUACUGCAGAACUCGCUUCACUUGGUUCCAAAGAAUAAAACCACCUUCCUCUGUCCCUAUAAUUCAUCCCACAGAGAUGAAUCAUACUUAUUUAGGUGCAUUUUAGUGUUGGCUUGUCAUCACUAAAACUAAUAUUUUCAAAUGUAUUAUUGAUCCGGUUGAACAUGCUCUGUGCUAAAAGCGUGCUACAUGGGAUGUUUUGGUAUUGAUCCAGUACGAAAUAAAACUUGAGACAGUAUCGCCAAUACUGAUACCGAUACUUGAUUAUUUAAGCUGGAUACAUCACCAAAGGCAAGACUUUCAGGUGUUUGUGGUUUUUUUUCUGUAACUUAUUUUAUUCAAACGUAGGUUGGCAUUUGGACAAAGUUUACAGGUGUAUAAAUGAUAAACAGGAAAACAAAUCUCCGUAUUUCUUACAACAACAAAAAAAUUAUUCUGCAACCCGUAUUCAGAAAACCAGAAAACCGCACAUGUUGUGAAAACUGGAACAUUUUACUUGAAGUGAAAAAAUAUAUAUUUUGUUGAUUGUGUAAACUCAUUCUUUCAAAAAAAAAUCUUAUUUAGUCAGUUUUAAUAAAUGAAUGAAAAGCAGAUUUUGGUGCACCAAAGUUCACUUUUAAGGAGAAGUUAUGGGAUAGAUGUGGUCCUGUGCAAAUUAAAGAAAAUGUAAAAAGUGUGGUUAUUAAAAGACAAAUACUUUCUUGUACCCGACAUUUUUCGACUGUAAGAUUUGUGAUAUUUUUGCCCUGACUAAAAAUAAAAAAAAUC